AUGAGUGUGGUCAGGAGAAGCUUAGAGGGAAGGAGAAGUGAGGCUCUGACGAGCGGCAAAAUCCAAAUUCACCGCGGCAAGUGUGCGUCUACCGGUCACAACCUCGAGGUCAUUGUAGACGAAUGUCCAGAGCAGCUUACAAACAUGAUUAGACGGCAAGCUCGCCAAAGACGAGACUACCUCUACCGUCGAGCACUACUUCUGAAAGAUGCAGAGACAGCAGAAAGAAGAGCUAAGCUCAAGGUAUCGCUUGCUACAGGAAAGCCCCUGGAUCCAUCUAUAGCAAACGACAGGACCCUCCGCGAGGACUACAAGUUUGACGAGACAGCUGAGGCACAUGCGGACAUUGACGAUGAAUAUGCACACCUCUCUGGCAUCAUUGAUCCGAGACCUCUAGUCACAACCUCGCGCUCCCCAUCAACGCGACUAUCUGCUUUUGCAAAGGAAGUCCGCCUUAUCCUACCGACCUCCAUCCGCUUGAAUCGAGGGACUCUCAUUCUUCCCAAUCUUGUCGCUUCUGCCAAUUCAUCAUCGGUCACAGACUUGAUACUACUUCACGAGCAUAGAGGUGUGCCCACAGCGCUCACAGUAUCCCAUCUCCCGCACGGACCUACUGCAUCGUUCUCUCUGCACAAUGUCAUGCUCCGUCAUGACAUUCCAAAUUCAAGCAGGGGAACAGUGAGCGAGUCGUAUCCACAUCUAAUAUUUGAUAAUUUCAACACUCCUCUCGGCAAGCGAGUUGUUCAAAUCCUGAAGCAUCUUUUCCCACCCCGAGAAGCCGCCACAAGUAACCAAAAAGUGGGCAACCGGGUCGUUACAUUUAAGAACAUCGAAGACAGCAUCGAAGUACGACACCAUGUCUUUGUCAGGACGAGCUAUCAGAGCGUAGAGCUCGCUGAAGUUGGUCCAAGAAUGACUAUGCGACUCUUUGAGAUCAGAGGCGGCACGCUUGAGAACAAAAACGGGGAUAAGGAAUGGCAUAUGAACAACUAUACGAGAACAAGCAAGAAGAAAGAGUAUCUAUGA